UGUCUACCCCGAAGUGCUUAAUCUCUCCUUCUUAAUAUUAUUAACGCCAUCUCCCCAAACAGAACGCCAAAAAAAGACACUGUGCUGGCACAGUCUCUCCUUGGCAUUAUUUAACAACUUACUGAACAAGAUUGAUGCUGGACAUCAUGAUGCACGACGCUACGACUAUGUUCUUGACAGCAGCCAUGUUUUUUGCUUCGCUGAUUGAUGCUCAUAGCUGGGUUGAGCAGUUAACUGUGGUUUCUCCCAACGGAACUUUUGUAGGACCUAAGGGUUAUCCUCGUGGGAAUGUCUUGAGAACGGCGGCCGGAUGGAACGAUAAAAUGAUGCAGUGGCAACUGCCGACUCACCAAGGAAACCAGUUGCUCAAUAAUAUGACGAUGUGUCGACCGAGCCAACAAUCUGCAAAUUACACCGAGGAUAGUCCUGCACUCCAGGCAGCUGCUGGUGCUGUCGUCGCCCUUCGUUAUCAGGAGAACGGCCAUGUGACCCAGCCCUGGAUCAAGAGCGGCAAGCCCGAGCAUAGCGGUACAGUCUAUGUCUACGGCACAGAGCAACCUCGCCCAGACGAUACUCUUUUAUCGAUUCAUAAUGUCUGGACCUUUGAUGGUAGUGGUGGGGACAAACGAGGACGGUUGCUGUCGUCCCAACACUUCGACGACGGAGAAUGCUACCAAAUCAACAAUGCAAGUUAUAUAUCUGUCGAUCGACAAAAUGAAUUUCCUCGCACACCGGGCGCGGGUUCGGUAGAAGGGGCAGACUUGUGGUGCCAAACCGAUAUUACGCUACCCAGUUCCCUGAAGAGCAAUUCACAGUAUACGCUGUAUUGGGUGUGGGACUGGCCGACUUUGACCACCAGCAACACCACAUAUCUGCCAGAGUUGUACACGACUUGCAUGGAUAUUGAUAUCACCGACGUCGCGGGUUCUGCUGACAAGCAGGUGAACGUGGGAUUUUCGCAGGUCACAAAUUACGGCGAUGCAGCCAUCCAGACCGUAUUCGAGAAGCUAACGAGUGGUGGCACUGUAACAGUCCAAAGUCAACCUGCCAAUACCAAUACCCUCUCAGGAGUGGCUUCUGCCCAGGCUGGAGUGACUAGUGCUGCGAACGCUCCUACUCAAGGAGGACAGACGACUCCAUCACUUCAGGUCAAUUCCAACUGCGGUGCAGCGAUGACCGUCACCGUACGCGUACCGACAACAGUCACAGCAGCCACGAUUACUGUCACAAGCACAACACCUCUGCCAGCCAUAACGGUUACGCAGACGGUAACAGUUACCACGAUCCCCUCGACACCAGGUGUGCAGCCUACACGACGGUUCAGCAGGAAAGCUCUCGAAAAGUUGUAGGACCUGCAGCGCAAGCAGGUCUCCAGACUGAAGGAAUGGGAUAGGCGAUAGAAAUAGAUGGACUUGUUGGAGAAUUUUCCUUUGAUCUCAGGAUGGCAUUGCAUUAAAUGGCGUUAGGGUGCAUGGCCAUUUCGUAUUCAUGAACAAAUCGAAAAGCGUGAUCUUGUUAUCACAUCGCAUUCUCCACACGGAUAAUACUAACAGCAAUAAUGCCACCGUCGUAAGCAAUCACC